UCAUCAAAACAGUUUCCAUUAUAUGAAGUAAUGAAAUAUUUCACGGAUCGUUCAAAUGAUCGUUCCAAUAAUGCCAUACUAUUCCAAACGUAACAUCAAAGAAGCAUCUGUUUGUAGCAAUUGCGAUAACGGUUACGCACUACAGAAGAUACAAAUUGACCAAUGAAGUCGCCGGCGUCGGUUUUGGCGGCAUUUUGUUCAUUGAACCCACUGAUAGAAGACACAUCAUAAAGCGCUGGGUAUAUGGCACGUUUAUUGUCCACCGUCACCUGUAUAGCUGACCGCUUCAAUUCCGCUUCCGAUGAAUUCAACUACCCUAAUAUGGCGCAUCCGUCGGAACUGCUAUAGAACCGAGUGCUAAGAGCAAAUCCGCAUCAGUUUUACUCCAGAACUUGAGGUGAUCGAAGGUGACCACUUCUAAAUAGUGUUUGUGUCUUAAGCUACGAUACAUUCAGUGAAAGUGACAUCAACCAUCCACCAUGUGGCAAAAGUUUGCACUGCUGACGGUGUUGGCAUUCUUUGCCUGCCAGCAGCUCGUAUGGUCGAAAACGGUCGCAGUGCCGGAGGUGGUCAAAAAGGUGCUGCCCCGUGCCGCCGACAGCGAGGUGCUGAUCGAGUUCGACCGGCUGUUUAACCAGCUGCACUACGACGUCGACUACAAGCUGCGUGUGCUGCGCAUGAACCAAUCGCUAGCGAUCAAAAACCUAAACGCCCAGUUCAUCUCGCGCUUCGGCAUUGUGAUCACCCAGAUACAGGAGGAGAAGCUGCGCGUGAAGGACGCCAUCCUGCAGCACGCGCUCGAGAUCGGCAACACGCAGAACCCGUGCAUUGUCGAGAAGAACGACGAAGCGCUCCGGCAGGCUACACAAUCGGCGGCCGACAUUAGCCUGGCGGCCGAGCUGGCCUACGCCGACAUGUCGACGGCGUCGCGCGUCUUCUUCUACCCGCAGGUGCAGGCCUUCCAGAACAGCUCGACCGCCCUGCAAAGCACGGUGGUGGAGAAGCUGAGCCGCUCGAACGCGGUGACGGAUUUGGACAUUACGCUCGCAGAGCUGGCGUACUACUACGAGGGCGAGGAGAACAAAAUCGAGCGUGUGCUGACCGGCAUCGAGCAGGAACUGGCCAACUUCCAGGAGGUCGUGAACAAUGUGCGCCGCGACAUCUGGGCAAUGUCCGAUACGAUCGCGCGUAACUUUGUGUUCAACAUGGGUCUUCUGCUCGAGGAUGCACUGCAGUGUUCGUAACUUGGCUUUCCCUAGUCUUCCCGCUUCGGUGCGUUAUAUUCGCGGGGGGUUGGUGAUGCCAUCUUCCGGUUGGAUUUUGAGCCUGGUGUAACAAGAUAUCGCCCGAGAACCUAAAGGGGGCAGCGGACAGGGAGGAAUGGAGCGUAUCGCCUGAGGGUGUGUGGUGCUCAAUUAUCGAGAUAUGGCUUCUAAUAAACCCGUAUUU